GUGACCCCAAAGUGCUGGAGGGAGGGGGCGGGGGUGGCCCAGUGCAAAGUGCAUCCCGUAAGCCCCCUGUCCGGCUACCCCACGGCUGGCACUUCGGACUUCGUAUGACCUGGGACCUCGCUGUCCCGAGACCUUCUAGGCCCCUCUGUAGCUGGAAGCCUCCGGGCCGGAGCGCGGUCGUCCCCUGUUCCGAGCCCCUGGACCGGGACUACCCCCCCACCCGAGCUGGGACUUCCUCCCUGCACCCCUGCCCGAGGCUGCCCGCGCCCGGGACCGCCACCGCUCGCCUGCUUGACUGUCUGGAUGCUCUUUGGGCUGGGGCCGUGAAGCAUCAAGGAGUAUCAGGAGCACUAGGGUCCGGCCCUGCCUGGGGUAUUUCUUCAAUGGAGAAGUUGGCGAGUGUGGAGGAGGCUGGAAAAGAGGAAGAGAAGCAGCAGCUGAGGAGACAGGUUUGAGCUGGCUGGAGGAGACACGGGAGCAGGAAAGGUUCUUCCCACCCACCAGAGAAGCAGAACGCACUGUGCCCUGACCAGCAUCCUCUGUAAAGGUAAAGAAGGUUUUUUUGCUCUGCAGUCUGGACCCACUCUGAACCCCCUCCCCAUGAUGCUGUAUGUGCACAAUGGUUAAUAGGCAAUCCAUAUAUCAGGAAAAGGGGCACUCUUCUGUAAGGCUGAUACCUAUAACCUAAUGAAUCCUUUGUAAAAAGUGGACUCCGCUAGGAUGUUACACCACCAUUGUCGAAGGAAUCCUGAACUCCAGGAAGAAUUGCAGAUUCAGGCUGCAGUGGCUGCUGGGGAUGUCCACACGGUACGAAAGAUGUUAGAACAAGGCUAUUCUCCAAAUGGCCGAGAUGCUAAUGGCUGGACCCUGCUUCAUUUCUCUGCAGCAAGAGGAAAGGAAAGAUGUGUUCGAGUAUUUCUAGAACACGGAGCUGAUCCAACAGUUAAGGACUUAAUCGGAGGCUUCACAGCUCUUCAUUACGCAGCAAUGCAUGGCCGGGCCCGGAUUGCACGCUUGAUGCUAGAAUCUGAAUACCGGAGCGACAUCAUUAAUGCAAAAAGCAAUGAUGGCUGGACUCCCCUCCAUGUGGCUGCCCACUAUGGUAGGGACUCAUUUGUCCGACUUCUCCUGGAGUUCAAGGCUGAGGUUGACCCACUCAGUGAUAAAGGUACCACGCCGCUUCAGCUCGCCAUUAUCCGAGAGAGGUCAAGCUGUGUGAAAAUCCUCCUGGACCACAAUGCCAACAUUGACAUUCAGAACGGGUUCCUGUUGCGAUACGCUGUGAUCAAAAGCAAUCACUCUUACUGCCGAAUGUUCCUUCAGAGAGGGGCAGACACAAACUUGGGUCGUUUAGAAGAUGGACAGACUCCUUUACACUUGUCUGCCCUUAGGGAUGAUGUGCUGUGUGCACGGAUGUUGUAUAAUUAUGGAGCAGACACGAACACAAGGAACUAUGAAGGACAGACCCCGUUGGCUGUUUCAAUAAGUAUUUCUGGAAGUAGUAGACCGUGUUUGGAUUUCUUACAAGAAGUCACAAGGCAGCCCAGAAACUUGCAGGACCUGUGCCGAAUUAAAAUUCGACAAUGUAUAGGCCUUCAAAACCUAAAGCUACUUGAUGAACUACCAAUUGCCAAGGUCAUGAAAGACUACUUAAAACACAAAUUUGAUGAUAUCUGAUAUACCAGAACUGUGAGCAAGAUUAGGAGUUAUAUUCCAGAUACUUAAGAGGCUUUUUGCCUUGCACAAAGUAUAUCCUAUGCAAUUUCUGAUUUGCUGUGAAGUCAGAAAGCAGGUAUACACUUUUGGGUUUUCUGUUUGUUUGGUUUUCAUUGUAGGGGAGGGAAUUAUAUAUAUAUAUAUACACACACACACCACAUGCUUGAAGGUCUUAAUUUGGUUUCUUGGUCCAAGUUUAAGAGGUCCAAGCUUUGUAUCCAAUACUGCAUUUAGAAAAAUUGUUUUUUCUUAAAUGACACAAGCAGGUUUGGAGCAGAGAAUUUACCUUUCUAAAUUCAUGGUUUCCUUAGUGAGUGUGGUAUUCUAAACCAGCAGAGCACUUGUUAACGUUUGGAGGCACAGUCUCACCCAGGGGGUCCUGGGUUCUUCUGGAAAAUGCCCUAAGAAAUGUUUAAAGUAAUGCUGUCACCUCAUUCAUUUUUAAUGAGUACAAAUUGGCUGUUUCAAACUGUUCUUUUUCCUAAUUAAUGUAGAUUGCGGAUGCAUAAAUCCAGUACCUCUGCUUUUCUUUUGGUGUGCUCUUGUUUUUAACUUUUUUUUUUUUUAACAACUAUAGUACACUACCCUGAGACAUUAUGUCUCAACUUCUAUCUCUAGUAAGAGUUGUGUUUUUAAAAAAUUAAUGGGAAAGAAAAUAACGUUAUAAAGACAGUGUAUUCUGUUCUUAAAACAGUGCCUCCAGUGCAGUUUUCUUUCUGGUGUAUUUUAUCCAUUAUUUCAUUCGCUGGUCAUCAUUCCACAGCCGGCUUUGACAUGCCCGUGAGAACAGGAACUGCCACUUUAAUUUUCAUUGCAGAACCAUAAUAUGUCAGUUGCAAUUGCCAUUUUAUUCUGUGUCUCUUUCUUCACUUUAAGCAGA